AUGACUAUGGUGCGAACUAUUAUUGCCAUUGUUACUUCACAAAACUGGUCUCUUUAUCAAAUGGAUGUCAAAAAUGCUUUUCUCCAUGAUGAUCUUAAAGAAGAUAUUUGUAUGAAACCUCCACGUGGUUUGCUUUCAUCGCCUACAUCAUAUGUAUGCAAGUUGAAGCGGUCUUUGUAUGGAUUAAAACAAGCUCCAAGAACUUGGUUUGAUAACUUCUGCUCUACUUUGCUACAAUUUUCUUUUGAGCAGAGCAAAUAUGACUCAUUUUUGUUUCUUCGGAAAACAUCUGCAGGUUGUGGUUUUCUUUUGGUGUAUGUAGAUGACUUUAUUAUCACAGGAACUGAUUCUUCACUAAUCACUAGCCUCCAACAGCAGCUUAAAAAUUCUUUUCAUAUGAAAGAUCUUGGUACUCUUACUUAUUUUUUGGGUUUGGAAGUUCAUAAUGUUGCUUCAGGUGUGUUCCUAAACCAACACAAAUAUAUUCAGGAUCUGAUUUCUUUGGCUGGUCUUCAAGUUUUCUCCUCCGUAGAUACUCCACUAGAAUUGAAUGUCAAGUAUCGUCGUGAGGAAGUUCAACAAGUUAGUCAAUUUAUGCAAGCUACUCGUCAUCUCCACUUGGUGGCUGUUCGUCGCAUCAUUCGGUACUUUGUAGGAACAUCUAUUCGUGUAUUGUUCUUUCCAAGUGGUUCUCCUAUUCAUCUUAAUGCUUUCAGUGAUUUUGAUUGGGCGGGAUGUCCUGAUAGUCGUCGUUCAAUCUCUGGUUGGUACAUGUUUCUUGGAGAGUCAUUGAUAUCUUGGAAGAGUAAAAAGCAAGAUCGUGUGUCAAAAUCUUCAACAGAGGCUGAAUAUCGAUCCAUGUCUACUAUUUGCUUCGAGGUUGUAUGGCUUCGUGGAGUACUUGCUAAGAUUGGAUUUCCUCAAUCCCAUGCUACUCCUCUCCACGUUGACAAUACAAGUGCUAUUCAGAUUGCUACUAAUCCAGUUUUUCAUGAGAGGACCAAACACAUCGAAGUGGAUUGUCAUUAUAUACGAGAAGCUAUAGAUAAAGGAGUCAUUACUCUUCCACAUGCGUUUAGGGAUGUGUAA